GCUCCUUCGCAGAUCCAUUGAUCAGAUGCUCAACAGGUUUCUCUGAUACAAUCGCCGUGAAAUGCAUCGCUUGGGGACGUUCGUGAUGAUUCUGCAAGUUUUACUGGACGCAACAGUUGGAACCUCUUUGCACCCUACCCGUCAAAGUGAAACAGUUGAAGCAACGACUCAGAAAGAUUUGAGGCACGUGAGACUCGUGGGCCAGCGGUCGUCUUGUGUUGGAGAACUAGAAGUUUAUUACCGAGGUCAGUGGAGAUCCGUCUGUAGUAGUCUGUGGGAUUCAGCUACUGGCGAAGUCGUCUGCAAGCAAUUUGGUUGCAGUAUCUAUCACAGUUCAACAAGCAGCCCCAUCUCACAAGAAACAGGAUCUCCGUUACUGAAUAAGAUUCAGUGCAAUGGAACAGAGGCUUCACUGUCGGAGUGCUCAUUCAGUGCGUCGGGCCUGCAGAGUUGCGAAACUGGGGCGAUUGUAACCAUUAAGUGCACAGCCAAGGGAACCGCGAUGCUUGAGGAUGGCGGCAGCCCCUGUGCUGGAAGAGUUCAAGCCUGUAGCCUCGGUAUCUGUUACAGUAUCUGCGGUCGAAUGUGGGACAUGAAUGACGCUCGUGUGUUUUGCAAAUACAUGGGCUGUGGUGACGCUGUUUCUGCAUCAGAUGAUUCUCAGUUUGGGGCUGGCGACCUGCCUGUUUUUGACGUUGAAGUUCACUGCGACGGCUCCGAGGACAACCCCUGGAAUUGCGACUUUAAUGUCUUGACAGACACGAACUGUUCCAGAGGAAGGAAAACAGCUGGUGUUGUUUGUUCAGGACACAAAGAGCCGAGGCUGGUUGGCGGAGCGGACAGCUGCUCUGGGAGGUUGGAGAUACUGUAUGGAGACACCUGGGGGACUGUGUGUGAUUCACAUUGGGAUUCCCAGGAUGCUCGUGUGGUUUGCGCAUCGCUGAAAUGUGGGGAAGUGAUAUCAAUACUCGGAGAGGCUUAUUUUGGCGAGGGCAGCGGUCACAUAUGGCAGGAUGUCUAUGAAUGUCAGGGUAAUGAGACCAUUCUCUGGGACUGCCCCACUACAUCAAGAAAUCCGCACAACUGCACGCACAGACAUGACGUCAGUGUCAUUUGCUCCGGACAGAAAGGACCGCGGUUAGUUGGUGGUAAUGGCACCUGCUCAGGAAGAGUGGAGAUUUUGCUGGGCAACACCUGGGGUACAGUUUGCGACGCCUCCUGGGAUUUACAGGAUGCGGCUGUAGUCUGCCACCAACUCGGAUGUGGGGCUGCAAUAUCAGCGCGAGGAGAUGCAUUCUUCGGAGAGGGAAAUGGUUCGAUAUGGAACGAUAUAAACGAAUGUAUCGGCAAUGAAUUGCGUUUGAGUGACUGCCCAGUGGCAUCCUGGGGGCACCAUCAGUGCACGCACAAAAAUGAUGCUGGUGUCAUCUGUUCCGGUGAACCUUGGCAGGUGCGACUGGUCAAUGGAGAAAGUGUUUGUGAUGGACGAGUGGAGGUUUAUUACGGCGGUUUUUGGGGGAGAGUGAUUGACACUGAGUGGAAUUUCAAUGAUGCCGAUGUGGUGUGCAGACAGCUGAACUGUGGCGCUGCAAUAAAUGUUUAUAACAACUGGAAGUUUGGAAAAGGCGACGGCCCAGUGUGGAUCAGCAAUGUCAGAUGCUAUGGAAGUGAACCCUUCCUGUGGAAUUGUAGUAUUACACAAGGGAAGCAAUUAUCCAUCGCAGGUGACGUCGGCGUGGUUUGCUCUGAUCAUAUUCAGGUGAGACUGGCAGAUGGUGGAAGUCGCUGUGCCGGAAGGGUGGAACUUUACUAUAACGGAACCUGGGGGACUGUUUGUGAUGACCUCUGGGAUUUAGCAGAUGCACAUGUUAUAUGUAACCAGCUGAAGUGUGGACAGGCUCUAAAUGCAACGGUUUCCGGUUGGUUUGGCACAGGAGCGGGGCCUAUCUGGCUUCAUAACCUGAUGUGUGCAACGAAUGAUUCUGUUUUGUGGGAAUGUCCGGGGGGUCCGUGGAAUGAGAGCAACUGCAAUCACAAAGAGGAUGCUGGAGUUAUCUGCUCGGAGCACAGGGCUGUAAGGCUUCAGAAUGGAUCGAGUCCCUGCACGGGCAGAGUUGAGGUUUUCUAUAAUGCGACUUGGGGGACUGUUUGUUCUGAUUCAUUUGGAAAGGAGGAUGCAGAAGUGGUUUGUAAGCAGCUCAGCUGCGGAUCCGUCCGGUCUGUCGAUCGGGAUGUCACAUUUGGAAUGGGUUUCGGACAGAUUUGGCUUGAUGAUGUGCAUUGUCGCUUGCACGAUUCACUUUUAUGGCAAUGUCCAUCUUCGCCAUGGGGUGAACAUGAUUGUGAGCACAAGGAGGAUGUAGGUGUCAUUUGCUCAGAAAUAAAUCCAAUGAAAAGGCGCAAUGAGGAAGUUAGGAAGAAAAAGUUGCGGCUAGCUGCGGGAUUCAAUAAUUGCUCUGGAAGAAUUGAAAUCUUCUUCAAUGACACGUGGGGCACGGUGUGCGAUGAUUCCUGGGAUCGGCACGAUGCUGCUGUCACCUGUAGACAACUAAACUGUGGUGAUCCAGUGUGGACCCCGGGAGAGACGUUAUUCGAAACAGCAAAUGGCACAAUUUGGUUGGAUGAUGUUAAAUGCAAAGGGAGUGAGCACUUCCUGUGGGACUGCCAAUUUUUAACAAUGACUGAUCAUGACUGUGAACAUAAAGAAGACGUCCAUGUGAUAUGUUCUGGCCAUCCGAAGCACAUAACGCCUUUCAAACAGCACAGACUCUCCGUUUUCAUCAUCCCUUCCAUUUUUCUGGUCCUUUUAAUUGCCGUAUCAAUUGCUUUGGCCACAGAGUUGCAGAGAAGCUUCCAGAAAGCAAAUAGCAGGAGACAAAAUUCCACCACUGCAUUUCCUGACCCUGUUUAUGAAGAUAUUGACGUUCAGGAGCUUGAUUCAGGCUCAGGUUCAUUUACUUCGUAUAAUGCUGAAUUCAAAAGUGAAUAUGACGAUGUCCAGUCGUUUGAGACGGAGUGGUGAGGACUAGCAGCACUUGAGUUACUCACCAGACUUUUGUUUCACAUUCUCCUGCAUUUUUUAAUUUCGCUUUUGCAGUGAUUUGAACCAAAUUCCGUUGGGUAAAUUCGAAAUUUGAAACCAGAUAACUUGGCUGUCGUCAUGAUGGAUACAUUCCAGUUAACAUUUUUUGAAAAUAAACAGUAAAUAAUUUGCUUUGCAGUAAAUGGUAAAUUAGAACGUUGUUCAGAAUUAGUCAUUUAAUUAAAAACUUUGACUUCA